AUGGAAAUCACCUUGAGCUUCAGAACCUUGGCCUUGUUAUCGUGCCUCCCUUUCACCUUGGGCCAAACCAGUUCAACGAACUUCACAUCUUGGUUCAAUGUAACAGAGUUUCCUGCUGCACAAGCAGCUAAUGUAUCGCGCCUCCAAUUUGAAGCCCAAGAGCUUGCUACCGGCAGACUCUGGUACGACUACAUUCAUCGAUGCGAGAACUCUCAGAAAUACCCGGUCAUUGCCGAAAACUCUCAAACCCCUGGCUGGGUCAACCCUGCUCGGCCGUUUGACUCUCUCUUUUUCGUCGGAGAUGCAUACGUAUCGUCUUGGGCUAUCGACACGGGUGACGGGCUUGUACUGAUCGAUUCACUUAACAACGCUGAAGAAGCGCGACGAGUUAUCAUCCCGGGACUGGAAGCUUUCGGGUACAAAGGUCACGACAUCAAGGCACUGAUCAUUACCCAUGAACAUUUUGAUCAUUAUGGCGGGGCAAUCUGGUUUCAAGACACUUACAAAACCCCAAUCUACGCAUCAGAAGUUGCUUGGGAGACGAUGAAGGAUCUCAAAGGCACCCCAAGAAAGGACAAGACACUCUCUGAUGGAAACCACUUGAGAAUCGGCAAUACAUCGUUGAGUAUUCUUUCAACACCUGGUCACACCCCAGGCACUAUAUCGUUGAUGUUCCCACUUCAAGACAGGGGCACGAAGCAUCUUGCAGGGUUGUACGGAGGUGGAGGUAUUCCUAGCAAAGCUGAAGACAAGACGACACAGAUCAAGUCAUUCCUUCGCUUUGCAAGGCUUGCGGAGGAAUCAGGCGUUGACGUCUUGUUGUCCAAUCAUCAAACGCAAGAUCACACCUUACAGAACCUUGACAUCUUAGCAACCAGGCAAUGCUCUGGGAAGACAUGCAGUCUGCCCAACCCCUACGUCGUCGGUAAUAAGCAAUAUGUGCGCUAUCUCAAAUUGAUGGCCAAAUGUGUUCAGCUGUCAGCGGCUAGGCUGGGACAGAUUUUGGCGAUUUGA